AUGGCAACCAACAAGACCGGAGGCGUCACCUCAUCCGGCAUCGCCACCAACGAAACCACCGGAGAGCGCUACAUCCCCUCCUCCACCCGCGCGGACGGGUCCAAGCGUCGCGAGAUCCGCGUCCGACCGGGCUACCGUCCCCCCGAGGAUGUCGAACUCUACAAGAACCGCGCGGCCGAAGCCUGGAAGAACCGCGGCAAGACCGGCGGCGGCGGUGUGCCGGGCGCCGAAGGCCUCAAGCCCGUCGAGGACUCCGACGCCAACAAAUCGGGCACCGCAGCCAGCAACAAGAACGCCAAACGUCGCGAGGCGCGGAAGAAGGCCAAGGCGACCGGUCAGGAUUCACCGGGCGCAGCCAAGGACGUGACGCAGAUUGAAAACUGGCGCGUCGCUGCGGGCAAGCAGCCCACCGAGGCGGAGCAGGCGCUGGAUCCCGAAGCGGAGAAUGAGAAGAAGGCCCGCAACUUGAAGAAGAAAUUGAGGCAGGCCCGCGAUCUGCGCGACAAGAAGAACCAAGGCGAGGCUCUGCUGCCCGAACAGCUUGAGAAGGUCAUCAAGAUCCAGGAACUCGUUCGGCAGCUCGAUGCGCUGGGGUUUGAUGCCAAUGGGGAUAAGAAA